AGGGUGGGCAGUGGUGGCGUCGGGUCUAUGAACGGUCGUAUGACGAACCAUGUCGCGAUAGGCACUAGGCCAAAGAGGAGAAUAUUCGGGAGGGGCCGAGGAGGAGGCAUCGACGAGGACUGUAGUGUUGCGUUGGUUCAGAGCCAGGACAUAGAGGUCGGAGGCAGCGACGUUCGCGUGUCGAGUUGGGACGUGUCGCGCACGUGCAGCUAAUUACAUGUGAUGGCUGCCUCUUUCCACGCUGCUAACGCCUCGGUGCAUCCGAUUGCCUAUCAUCCGUUAUGUGUUGUAAAAGAUUCUCCUGGAAAGGGACGCGGACUCUUUGCCGCAAGAUCUAUCCCGCCUCGAACACUGCUGGAGAGUAGUCCCGUCCUUCUGUUUGGCAAAGAAGAAUACGAAAAUCACGGAAAACACACCCUCUUGGACCACUACACUUUCAAAUGGAGAAACGGUUCCAUGGCACUCGCCCUCGGUCUCGGCUCUCUGUUCAACCAUUCUGAAUCCCCCAACGUGUCGUACACUCUCGAUCCUGCGACAGAAUCGAUACACUACACGUCCACGCGCAAUAUCUCUGAAGGCGACGAACUAUGUAUCUACUACGGAUCGAAUCUCUGGUUUGACGCUACUGGCUCUGAUCAAUCACAUCACCAGAGUCCGGAACCAGAAGACGGCUGGGGAGGUCUCCUGAAGCUCGAUCUUAGCGCGGCAGAGGAUGCAGAUGAAUUAGAGUGGCAUGUUCCCGACGGAGACGAGAGCGAGGUGCUUCCAGAAGAGAUGCUGCCCUUCCAACGCAUCAAACCUCUGCCGGAAGGAGAAACGGCGGAUACUGUACGGACGAUUGAAGCAUGGGCUGUAGACGUCCCCGAAGAACGCAACCUCGGUCCUCUCCUCAAAUGGCUUAAGCAGUCGCAACUCGACCUCGAAGCUCUGUCACAUCUGAGGCGCAUUCGCAAGCAAGAUAACACGUGCACCUUUCUGCUCAGCAUCGUCGAAGCGGGUCUUCCCUAUCCCAGUCUACCAAAGGAUAUCGUUCUCCCCGUACCAUAUCAUGUCACUGUGCCUGCGUCAGCUGCCCUGACAACAACAUCUCUCGCACUCAAAAUGCAGUUAUGGCCCACCGUCUUUUCACCCGUGCGCAAAAAUCAAGAAGAGGACUGGACACGAGGAAAAGCUCGUUGGGCGUGGACUGCCAUGCGGAAAGCGAUCGCUGAGGCCAAGAACCAGAGCGACGAGCUUCCCAUCACAGCUCACGUCCCGGUGCCCUACGAGACAGAGAGCGACGACAUUGGCCCUUUCCCCACGGCCGGCUUUCUUGCCCACGACAGGCGACAUUCGACAAACCAUCCACUGCGUCACGCAGUAAUGAACGUUAUUCGCGCGAUCGGUGAAUAUCACGCCUCUGGGCAGCAUAAAGACGCCAGCGCACGCAGUGGCUAUCUUCUGAGCAACCUUACUUUGUUCACCACGCAUGAGCCAUGUGUUAUGUGCACUAUGGCGCUGACCCAUUCUCGCGUCAAGGAAGUGAUCUACCUGGUCCCAAUGACAAGAACAGGCGGAUGCGGAGGCUCAGUGUGUGUCCCGCUCCUACCCGGGAUCAACCACAGGUUUUGGGUGGCGCAUUGGAAGAGAGAUGCAGAGCAAGUGAAGGGGAUCAAAUUAGACGACAACGUCGACGCUUGA